AUGCUGUCAUGCUUGUUAAGGUACUUCACAGGAAACCGAUCACCUGUGAGCAACCGCAACCCUCUCUUUACCCAUGAAUUCAUCACGUACACACAGCCUUAAUUUUGGUUUGAAAACCAGUGUCAAAUCAAGGUUUUCACAUCACUGACCAAGCACAAGAGGCGAUGGAUGGGCCUGUAGAUGGCAUCAAGCUCAUUCGGAGACUCAAGACAGAGCUACUGGAGGCUCUGACAGGAGAUCCAGAUAUUCUGCUUCAGCGCUGCCAUGCCAGUGGCAUACUGUCCAACAAUGAGUACAACAACAUCAAAGACAUGAACAUGCGUUCGAAACAGGUACGGGACAUCUUGGAUUAUGUGAUUCACAAAGACAACAAGCAUGCUCUGAAUUUCCUGAAGUUGCUGAAAACACAAGACAUGCAAGAGACAUUUCCUAAACUGCAUUUCCUUCAAAAGCUGCAAAUCAACAAACGCAAGACACCAAAAAACACAGAGACGACAGCAAAACGACGACAGGAAAUGGAAAACGAGCCGCUGCACUCCAGGAUGGUGAGCGAGAAGGAGAUGAUGAUGGUGGCCGGCUGCAUCGGGAACAGCUGGAGGGAGGUGGGCAUUAUGGCACUGGGUAUGAACACCACCACUCUUCAGCAGAUAGAGGAGGACAACAGCCAACACAAAAUGCGGGUUUUCACCAUGCUGCGAAAAUGGAGCAUGCGUGAGAGGGAACAAGCCACGGCAGCUCGUCUCCAUUCUCUACUAACCCAAGAAGAGAACGGCAUGGACACUCUGAAACUCAACUUCCUGUUGGAAGACAACUGAGGCUGCUAAGAGGAGUUUAAUUGGGUGCUGGAGCCAUAACAUCAAAACCCGGAAGACUAAUUCACCAUGGGUUCCCUCAAGAUUUCAUGGGUUUUUAUAAUGGGGUCAUGAUUAAAACAAGGUCUGUGGUAAAUAUAAAUGGCUAAUGCUGAAGUACACACACACACCCAUACUUAAACCAUGAAUUUUGAAGCAGUUAUGCUUAUUUUUAAAAAUGUAGGUUUGUGAUAAAUGACUACAUAAGAAUGUUUGGGGUGUAUGCAGUUUACAUUGUACAACAAAACGUCCAAGUAUCGUGAUACCACUGACCUUAUUUUACUCAUGAAUUUAAAGGGAUAGUU